CUAUAGAAGGGUAGGCAAGCAGAGAGGAAAAAAAGAAGGAGGGGAGAAGCUGGAUGUAAAUCCAUUGAUAUCAUUUAGAGCCGGAGAGAGAAACAAAGGAGGAAAAACAGACUGUUGAGGUAAAUGUGUUGCAUCUGUUGAAGCUUCAGUGAGGAAGAAGGAGCUGCCCCAGUGGAUAAGCUCCGCAGCAUCCAAGAUCCAAGAAUUAUCUGCUGGAGCUGGAACAACAGGAAGUCAGGGGAAACUUUGGUUCUGAUUAGCCUCUUCAGAAUUGUAUUGUUUUCUGGUCCCGCAGUCAGACUGAGAAGCGUUUUGUGGAACUGAGGAGCCAAGAUGAACCAAACUGCAUCCGUGUCACAUCAGAUAGAGUGUCAGCCCAUCAGAGACACCAAGGAGUUUGUGGAUGUCAGCCCCCCGCAGAGGAACUGGAAGGGAAUUGCCAUCUCUCUUCUGGUUAUAAUGGUGGUCUGCUCGCUCAUCACCUUGUCGGUAGUCGUCCUCACGCCCACUGACCCUCCCGAUACCAGCAAGUCCAAGCUGACUGUGGCGGACCUGUUCAAACCAGAGUUCCAAAUUCACGACCCAGAAGCCAGGUGGAUAAACGAUUUAGAGGUGGUUUACAGAAACAGAGAUGGUCACGUUGUCACGUUCAACUUUGUCCUGAAUGAGACGGAGGUUAUUUUGAAGAACACCACAUUUGUCUCCUUUAAGGUGGCAAAAUAUUCACUCUCUCCAGAUCUGAAGUACGCACUCUUUGCAUACGAUGUCAAACAGGUAUACAGAUACUCAUACACAGCGUCUUAUAUUGUGUACAACAUCGACACAAGGGAGGUAUGGGAGCUGAACCCACCAGAGGUUCAAAACUCUGUGCUCCAACAUGCAGCCUGGGGAAGACAAGGACGGCAGCUGAUAUACAUCUUUGAAAACAACAUCUACUAUCAACCAGACAUGAAGAGCAGCUCUCUGAGAAUCACCUCCUCUGGGAUGGAAGGAGUCAUCUUCAACGGGAUAGCUGACUGGUUAUAUGAAGAGGAGAUACUGCACUCACACCUGGCUCACUGGUGGUCACCUGAUGGAGAGCGACUGGCCUUCCUAAGAAUCGACGACACUGCUGUGCCCAACAUGGCUCUGCCACAGUUCACUGGCAGCACUUACCCCCGAGGAAUACAGUAUCCCUAUCCAACGGCUGGUCAGAGGAACCCAACUGUCAAGCUGUUUGUGGUCAAUCUGUUUGGCAUUACAAACACUCAGGAGCUACAUCCUCCAGAUCAGCUCAGACUCAGAGAUUUCUACAUCACCAUGGUAAAGUGGAUCAAUAACACACGGCUUGCCGUGCGAUGGGUCAACCGUCCUCAGAAUGCCUCGAUUCUGACGGUGUGUGAGGCCUCGACUGGAAUCUGUCACCAGAGACGCGAGGAGUUCUCACAGACAUGGCUCACCAGGCAGAGUCAGGACCCGCUGUUCUCAGAGGACCUGAGCAGGAUUUUCCUCACUCUGCCCGUCAAACAUGGAGGUCACAGAGACUUCCACCACAUCACAAUGCUUUCAAAAAAGUCAAGAAGUGACCCAGUUGAAGUUCAUCGUUUAACAUAUGGAAACUGGGAGGUGACCAGAAUUGUAUCUUAUGAUGAAAUCAAAAACAUCAUAUACUUUCUGAGCUCUGAGGAGGCUGCCCAACAGAGGCAUUUAUACAGUUUGUUGAUCAAUGGCUCUUUUCAAAGGCAAUGCCUCACCUGUGGACUCAAGAAAGGGUGCACGUUCUUCGACGUCGACAUCAGUCCAAAUGCUCAGAAUGCCAUCCUACACUGUCAAGGUCCUGGUGUUCCAGCUGUUCUGCUUCUCAGUUUCAGCGACUUGGACUCGUAUUUCAUCCUGGAGAGCAACCUCCUCCUGCAAUCUGCUCUGGACACCAGAAAGAUGACUGAGAUCAAAAUCCAGAAUAUCUCUGAUGACAACUUUGAGCUGCCUCUGAAGCUCAUUUAUCCUCCUGACUUCUCAGACGCCUAUCUCUACGGCCUUCUCCUCAUCGUAGAGAGCGUCCCAGGCGAACCGACUGUGACGGAGAAAUUUGAGCUAGGUUGGGAUUCAGUGCUGGCCAUGUCGGAGCAGAUCAUAGUGGCGCGACUCGAUGGCAGAGGACCUGGGUUCAGAGGUCAAAGAUUGCUGGAGCAAGUUUAUCACAGACUUAGGACAGUGGAUGUCGAGGACCAUAUAGCAGCUCUGGAAUUCCUGGUGAGACAGCCAUAUGUUGAUCGGACUCGUGUCGGAGUUUAUGGACAGGGUUAUGGUGGUUACAUCACUCUGAUGAUGCUGAAUUCAGGAAGGCUUAUAAGAUGUGCAGCAGCUCAGGCUCCCAUCAUUGACUGGACAAUGUACGCCUCAGCCUUCUCAGAGAGAUACUUUGGCUGGCCUUCAACCGAUGAGAGCAGAUACCAUGCAUCCAAAGUGCUGCCUGGUAUGGAAGGCCUUGAGGGAGGAACUCUGUUCCUGGCCCACGGGACAGCUGACGCAAAUGUUCACUUCCAACACUCAGCCGAGCUCAUCAAACACUUAAUAAAGAUCGGAGCCAACUACACAAUGCAGAUUUAUCCGGAUGAAGGCCACUUUCUGUCGACACGCAGCCAGAUUCAGCUGACUCACUCUCUAAUUGGAUAUUUCAGAGGAUGCUUGUUUGACACGUCAUUGUUACUCGAACAGCGGGACGACGAGUGAAAGGAAGAGGGGUUUAUUAAUGUGUGCAGUAAACCAAAUGUGUCUGUUUUAUACCAAUAGCACCAUGUUUGAUGGAGAAAAAAAAGCUUCUUUGUGACAUAUCAGACUUGUAAAAUAUGCUCUCACAGUUCAGCAGCUGUAUAUUCAGUGUUGUUAGCCAAACUGUUGUUUUCAGCCUCAGACUUAGAAUUUUAAGGCCUAUUUAGCCCCAACAAAACACAGAUAUUGUCCCCUUUUGACUAAUCUUUCAAUUUAAUAAGAUUUUCCUGAUUUGAUUAUUUUAAAGAACCAAUGCCAGUAUUUUUACAAUAAAAUAAAUAAAAGUUUGGUUUCAUGAUACCUUUGCCCAUCUUUGAAGAUGAACCUAAAUACUAAAAUUGGAAUAAGAUGUUAAUAGACUAAAAUAUUCCAUAUUUAGUACAAUAAUCAAAGCCUUGGUGCCAAAUAUUGAUAUUUUACCUAAUAAAAUACUCUUUUCUGAGUUUUGUUUUGGCUUGAUGUCACUUCCACAUGGCUUCCUGCGGGGGCGCUGCACACACUAAUAAAGAAAUCUUCAGAAGCAGAAGAAGAAUAAAAAGACCGAAGGAAAACUUUUUAAAUUCCCCAGAACUUUUCGUUAGCAUUUUGGAUGUUUAGUUAAACAAAUGGGAUGCAUAAGUUUGGCAAUGUUUAUUACGACAAAAUAGCAAUGCUGAGAUAAUAUUUGUAUUUUUGGGCCAUUAUUGGGUAUAGUAUUUUAUCGUCAUGUUUAAUUUUUACUGAGUAUGUCCAGUGUUAUAUAGUUGUAGGACUUAGUCAGAAUUUCCUACAUUUUUAUGUAAAACUGGAUGUAUUAUGUGAUAAAAAAAAGUGGUUACUGUGAUUUGAUGAGAAGAAAAAUGCAAAUAUUAGGAUGGAAUUAAAAUCUGAAGUAUAUAACAUAUUCUAAAGAGAUGUAUUUUUACCCCUUUUCAGUUAAAAUAGGAAAAUUCAAUUUAUUUUAUUCUAAUUAUGAUUCAGUCCCCUACUGCCACAGUCAAAUGAUCAAAUUACAUGCAAUUCAGGCAUAUUUAAGUUCCGUUUCACAAUUUAGGUUAUAAUAAAUCAGUAUUUUCCUAUUUAAUUGAGCUGAAGUUCCGUUUAGUAUUGAGAUUUAAAUCCAAUUACAUACUUUUAUGAUUCAAUUGCAAAUAUUUACUUGUUUACAAUUUAUAGUGAUGUAAUUAUAAAACACGGUUUGUAAGUUUAAAUAUUACAAACAGUUCAGUUUAUUCCAAAUAAAUGCUUUCCAAUUAAUUGCAAACUCAAUUCAUUUUUAAAGUCAGAAUCCAACUACAUAGAGUACACUGAACGGUGGAAUACUCCAUCAAAAAUUUAGGAACAGAUUUUUAACCAAAGACCAGAAUUGCUUCAUUUUGCUCUUGGAUAUUUCUAUUCUCGCUCAAACCUCUGCUCUCACACUACCCCCAAAAAUGUUUCUUGAUGCCUGGCUUUUCCUUGUUAGUGUGUUCCUCUGAUCAGUUUUAGUGCCUCUUGCACAAAUAUGUUCGAGUCCUGUUUGAAUCCUGCCCUUUUACUUUUACUUCCUGUCAUUUCAAUCUAAUUACAUUCCAAUUUAUAGUCAGGUCCAGAAAUGCAGAAAUGUUUGAGAACAGGUUGAUUCAUAUUUGAAUUUGUUUUAUUCCUAUGUAUGGGGGCAAAAUUGAAGAAUACAAAAAAUGAAUAACACACACACACAUUCACAAACACUUCAUGUACGUUAACUCUUCAUCAAAAAACUGAAAAACUGAAAGCUUUAACCAUAAUAAAAUAGUCUUUGGUCCUUUAGAAUUUAAAUCUUACAAAUGUUUUGCAGAAAUGUGCAAAAUUUCAUAGAAAAAAAACAUUUAAAAUGUAAAAUUGCGAAAUGCAAAGCAAAGUGCAAAAACCUGGCUCAUGAGCGGAAAAUUUCGUGCUUAUUUUGUAACAUUAUAAUUUUUACGUUAUUAGAGGGCAACUCAGCCGGCUUGUUGGACGCAGCAGUAGCUCUAACUAAAUGUGCAAUCAUUGAGGUUAAAGUGUGUUUUCUUAACAGUCUUCUGGGUGUUUGUACAUAUUUAUUUAUUACUUAUAAGAAGAGUAGGUAUUUAUUAAUAUGUCACACCAGUUUUGUGGUGUUUUUGUUUGUGUCCAGGUGACAAUCUUCCAUAUUUUCUGCCAUGUAAAACUCAUGUUUUUUUAUAUUACGUGCAAGCUAUUUUGUUAUUUUUGAGUCCUUUAAUGUUUCUAUAAUUUAUUAAAAGUCAAAACUCAAACAAUG